AUGUCCCGUCGAAGCUACCAAAGCGGCGUUUCUGACAACCGAACCUCACGAUAUGUUAACGACGACGAUCUCUUCAAUUAUGUACUGCGAGUAGCAUACCUCAGCUAUAUCAUGACCCCCAAACCAACAGAGACGGUCACCAGCGCCCCCAUACCGCCUGAAUUGCGAGAUCGAGAGCACCAUUCCCGCCUAUCAGCUCUGUCAAACUUCUCAAUUGGAGAUAUAUUCAAGGACGUGCGCGAUGGCCCAAAGAGCGUCAAGUUCCCGGAGAAGCUGCUCAAGGUGUUGGAGCAGAAGUUGCAGAGUAUAGCUAUGGGGAAGGACCCAGCAUACUCCGAACAACUAGUGCGGCGGACCAUGGCCAAAUUUUACGGCCAGUUCAUGGUCGACAGCUUCAAACGCCAAAUGAAGGAGAACCGCAAGAUCGAGGAACUCAUCCUUAUGUUUGCCACACACGCUACAGGUGUGCUAAAGAAGGAGCCUUCCCUCGGAGGAGACGGAUGGAAACUCGAGCUCAAUAACCAGAUCGCCAUUUUCGUCAAGAUGUUGCGAGAAUGUCUUCGGACUGUGAACCAUGUUUCACCAGAGCUUUUGAGUCGGCUGGACACAUAUACCGCCAAGCUGGCACCCUCACAGAGCUCCAGCGACUCGGGUUACGAUUCUGCAUCAACUCGCAACUCAAUCACGAUCCCCACAGUCAGCUCCAACGUCAACGAUAUGGAGCUGGUUGGGGUUGUCGCUGCGUUGUUCCGAAUGCGACAAGAAGAACUGCAGCAGGAGGUGGACGCUCUCAAAGGAACAUGCACCGCUAAGGCAGCGUUAACAGACCUCAAAACAUGCCUGAAAAAUAUUAACGCAGGCAUGCCUUUCCCAGGUCGGAAAGAAGAUUUCGAAACGGACGACGCAUGGAGGAAUUGGCGAACUUCAGAAACGUCACACCUGCAACAACUCGUCGUAGCGAUGGUCCAAUUCAAUCCUGAGUUAGCCAAAUCAACGCCGGCUGAAAGCGCCGCUGCCUCUUCAUCAGCCUACGGAGGGCGACCUUACUCGAGCUACGAACAACAACCAACCCGAAACCCAUCUAUCAGCAGUCGUCGGUCACUAUACGCUGAUGGUGACGGACUUCAAGACGAUGUCAAUGGCGACGAUGAGAUUCCAAUUGGCCACUAUUUCACCUAUAUUCCUUCCAACCCGCGCAAAUAUUACAAACGCCUAUUGGAACAUUGUUUGAUCGCAGACCUAGAGACAAUGUUGAGCCCGGAGGUCGACGACAACGAUGAGGUGUCAUUAGGCAUCUUAUCUGCUCCACACCUAGACUUGUUGAACGAGGUUGCUCUUCGCUGGCGGAUCGGGCACUCCUAUCGGGCAACAUGUUUCUUGGACCUCGUGAAGCAAUUCUUUGAACGUCAAGAUAUCCCAAUGGAGUGUAUACCCGAAGCAUUGACUCACGUUUCCAAAGUAAUGUCCGACGUCGAACUAGAAGACUGGCCUUUGCACGAUUCCGAGUAUCUAUCCGGUGUCUAUGGCGGUCUCUUCAACACCUUCCUCUCCAACUUGUAUCAUGCCAUGGAAAACAUCCCAAAUAUCAAACCUUCAGAGGUGGAGCCCUUCAUCCAAGUCCUGGAACACAUCCGCGACAGUGGCUUGCUAGAACGCUUUGGUUUCGACCAGGACAUCAACGCUCGCUUUGGAGACAUUCAGACACAAAUUCGCCAAGUAGCAUUACGGUGGUAUGAACUCACACUGAAGGAGCUACAAGCGGCACCGGGGGUUAACCGCGCUCUACCCUUGUUAUUGAUGACAGAUGAAAUCGAAAAGGCGGCAAAGAACUUGGAUAAACGAUUCCCGGAGCCAAUCAUGGGGUAUGCAGUCCAAUACGAAAUUGUGGUCGUUUUUAAUCAGGUUCUUUACAGUCAACUGGAUCUCGUCUCAUUGGUCAUGGAGGUUCAAAUUCCGCAAUAUGUCCAAGAAGUGCAAUCUUCCCAAAAGCGCCUGUUCGAGUCAUCCAUGAAUGGACCAACACCUGAUGUACCCAUUCAAGACAUCUUCGCAUUAUAUCGCCGAACAAAGCUGCUGAUUGAGAUGUUCGCAGCGUUCUGUCCGCAGGGUCGUAUCGACUUCGAUAUCCAUGCGUUCUUCGAGCCUUACGUUCGACAAUGGCUGGUCAAUACGGAUAGUAAAACUGGGCAAUGGGUCGAGGCGGCCAUCAAGGCCGAUAAGUUCCAAGCCGAGGGCGCUGAGGGCCAUAGUUCUUCAAUUGUUGAUCUAUUCGACUCAUUAAGAAGUCCCGUGAACUUUCUGGAGGAACUUGAUUGGCAAGACAAAUACCAGGAAGCUCGUUUUGUCACUUCUUUAUCCAAGAGUAUGGCGAAAGCGAUAGAGCAAUACUGUCGCAGUGUCGAAGGCCUCUUCCUUACCGAGAUGUUUCCUCGACCAACUGAGUACUUGCAACCACAAAAGUCCUCCGCGUGGAUCGAAAAGGCUCGGCAGCUAACGAUCACCGGGGAAAAGAAGGUUGAACCCUUCAACUUUCAACCCGAGUCGUGCGUCAAGCUCAACAAUGUGGAAGCGGCGCGGAAGCUUUUGGACAACAUGUACACCCAAUCACAUGCGGACACCGUUUCUGAAACCCUCCAACAAGCGCCCCCCCUCCCCAGUAAAACGGAAACCGAAAAGUUUUUGUUUUCGGUCAAGAUUUGUAUUGCGGAAGGGCUGGUGCCGUUGGAUGGCAGCCCGUCGUCUAGAUUGGACACUUUCGUGACUUUGAGUGACGAAGCUGGCAUGCGAUUAGCCAAGACACGGACGAUAUACGAGACCUUAAAUCCCCGAUGCAAGUUGGCUGUUUGGGACGAAACAUUUGAUAUUUCCGUCGACAAGCCAUUGUGGCUAAUGGUUAGCGUUCGUGACCGUGCAUUGGUCGGCAAACAUGACACAGUAGGGCGAGCAUAUCUGUGUUUGGACCCACGACGAUUUGGCGACUUUUUGACUCACGAUUUAUGGAUGGAUCUGGACUCGCAAGGCCGUGUUCUGGUGCGAAUCAGCAUGGAAGGAGAGAAAGACGAUAUUCUGUUCUACUUUGGUCGUGCUUUCCGGUCACUGAAACGGGCAGAAUCCGAUAUGCUGAGGAUUUUCAUUGACAAGAUGUCGCCCUUUAUCCAACAAUGUCUUUCUCGACCAGUGCUGAAAGCACUCCUCAAGUCCGACAAAUCUUCAUUAGAUGUCAACAAAGCCCUCAGUGGUGUCACCGCGCUGUGGGGUUCUGCCACCUCUGCACUGGGUUCUUCCUCAAACGAGGUCCAAAUCCCAUUGCCCAGCUCAGAGAAACCCCGUAUCCGUCCUGACGAGCUCACAGACGUCGAAAUUGAGCAGGCCAUUCUCCCUUUAUUCGACUAUUUCGAUGCGAACCUCCAGACACUCAAUACCUAUCUCAGCGACACGGCAAAGGAUAUGGUAAUGUCUCGUGUGUGGAAGGAGAUUUUGGUUGUGGUCGAGGGCUUGCUUAUCCCACCAUUGUCGGACGUCUCGAGUGACAUGAAGCCGUUGACUGACAAGGAGGUGGACGUUGUGUUCAAGUGGUUGAAGUUCUUGAGAGACUAUUUCUACGCGAACGGCGAGGGCCCUGUUCCACUAGAGGUUCUUCAAAACCAGAAGUAUCGCGAUGUCGUUUCGAUACGACUGUACUACGACUGGCACACUGACGCUUUGAUGGAGGAAUGCGUGCGCAUGAUGCAGCAAAGUUUACGUUCAUCUUCAACCACGAAACGGCGGGUCAAGAGUGUUUAUCAGCAACGCAACUUGGGCACCAUCAAAGAACGGAAGAAGGAGAAGCGGGAGGAGAAGGAGGUAUCGAAUGGAGAGACUAUAAUGCGCAUAUUACGAAUGAGACCCAACACCUCAGAAUUCAUCGCCCAACAACUGCAAAUUCUCAACACGAUGCAGGCAGAGCAAGAGAAACUUGCGCAAAACAAAGAGCGCAGAGCAGGGAUGAGGCGACCGGGAACAGGAAGGCAAGCUCCUCCGCCUGUACCAGAAGUACCACCCGUGCCGGAGGUUCCUGAACGGUGA